AUGCCCAAGGCCCCGACCGCCCCGCGCACCUACCAACGAGCUCGGCGCGGGCCACGGAGCUCGGCGGCCCCGGAGCCGCAGCCGCCGCCGUGGCUGUACAAGAGCCAGGCGAUGGCCAAGUACCACCUGACCGAGGCGGAAGUGGACGCUGUCCCGGUGCUCGUGACCGAGACCGACCCCUACAACGGCCAGCCGGUGGCCAAGUACGCGGAGGCGGCGGUGGUGAGGCAGUGCUGGGCGCUGGGGCGGGCAAUGGGGAUCCGGCAGACGGACAACCGGUUCGUGUCGUGGCUCGCGGAGAAGAAGGGCGCGAAGAUCAUGCGGACGAAGGCGAUUGAGAAGUACAAGGUCAAGGCGUGGCAGCUGGACCGCAUCAAGCCGAUGGACGAGCAGACGAACCGCCGGAAUGGUUGA